AUGAGUCCCCACGUGGCCGAGGACGUCACGCCGGAUUGUGCCCUCGGCGGCAUUCAUAGUGCUGAUCUCGUGCCGGUGACAACAAAUCGUGUGACACCCGGAAUCGUGCAAAUACCAGUCGCGGAACCCUUUGCCGUUACGUUUACAUCUCUUUGCACACGACACGUGCACCGAGACUUGUACAGGUUUUACCUAUCUCACCCUCGAACACAGAAACCAAUAAUUAACACAAAUAUUUCCAUUUGUUACAGGUUACCACAGCUUGCCGUUUUAGCGAAGAUUUUGUGCCUCCUGAUGGUGGUAAUGUGCGGGGCGGUACCGGCAAUGGUGCGCUCCGUGAGUCUUUACUCGACUUGCAGCCUCGGCAAUAUUACCGUAUAUAGACAUCAAAUCCUGGCCGUGGGACGCAAUGAUCAGAACGCCCCUUACCAAAAACUGACAACUCAGUCGGAGGACUUUAGUGGAAAGCUGUACAUCUUCGCAGAGGAGAGUAAGCGAUACAUUUGUUUCAACAAGCGAUGGAAA